GUGUUUUUAACUGAAUUUGUUUUCCUUUAUUGCGUUCCUUUGUCAGCGUGAAAAUGUCUGAAUUAAGUGAGCAUGAUGCUGCAGUUUUAAAUUCUGUGCUGUAUCCAAACUUACCCUUACCUGACACGGCACAAAAACUUGAAGAUGUUGAAGACAACACUCCAGAAGUGCAACAAACUAAAAAAAUGGAAGCUGAAGCAGUGCAAAUGGCUGAAAAUGGUAAAUUUGAGGAAGCUCUCGAGUUAUUAAAUAAAGCUGUUGAUACAGCACCCAAACGAGCUUCCGUUUACAACAAUAGGGCCCAUGUCUAUCAGUUCCAGAAAAGAUUUUCAGAAGCACUUGAUGACCUGACUAAGGCGAUUGAGCUCGCUCAGAAUAACCAGAAGAGGACUUUAUCUCAAGCGCUUUGUCAGCGUGGCAUCCUACAUAGACGAGCUUCACGAUUCGACUUGGCAAGGGAAGAUUUUGAAACUGCUGCACAGAUGGGAAGUCAGUUUGCAAAAAGCCAACUAGUAGAAAUGAAUCCCUAUGCUGCUUUAUGCAAUCAGAUGCUACGAAAAGUUAUGGAAGACCUGUGAUGGCAGAGCAAAAAAUUCAGUAUAUACAAUAUCUUUAUUCUGUAUAUCAAUAUAAUAACUAUAUGAAAACACUUGGUAAGAUAAAUUGUCUAAAUGCAUUUUCAGAUAAAAAUAAUAAAUAAAUGGGCAAUUUAAGUAUUAGCACCAAAUAGUUACAAAGAUCUUUAAUCCCAAGUCAUCCAAUGUAACGGAAAAAUAAAUGCAAAAUCAAACACUUCAUAUAAAUUUCAAACUAUGAACUCUUAAUAAAAAUGAAUAGUUUAUAGUAAAAUAAACUUGUAAUAGGAAACUAAACAAAAAUCCGUAGGUCCACUUGACUUGCAAACAAAAUUUAAAUUCUUGAAUCACCCACAACGAAAACAAUUGAAUCAAGUGACCUCAGAUCUUAUCUACACCAGACCGAAAAUGUGCGACUGCAAACUAACGAACUAAUUACACAUUAAUUUUCCAAUUCAUCUUGAUCAA